AUGGCGGGGAGAGUGGCAAAACUCCCCAUCCUCUCCGGGCAACGUGAGUGUCUUCCAGGAUUAGGAACGUCCAGGCGAGGGUGCAUACACGCUUCUCUGUUCAGAUGGGUAUUUUAUUUCCGGCAAAAACCACAAGGGAAGGUUGCCAAUUACGAGGAAGGCAUCAAGAAAAUAUCUGCUUUCAGUUCCAUAGAGUCUUUCUGGUCUCUAUGGACUCAUCUCAGUCCACCAAGCCUACUACAGCCGACAACCGAUUACCUUGUUUUCCACGUAGAUGUUAAGCGGCCCGUCUGGGAAGACCCGCAGAACAUCGACGGUGGCAAGUGGAUCGUGAGGCUUCGGAAAGGCGUUGCUGACCGCUUGUGGGAGGACCUUGUUCUGGCCGUAAUCGGAGAUCAAUUUGAGCCUGGGGAUCAUAUUUGUGGUUGUGUUCUGAGUGCACGAUCGCAGGAGGACAUCCUCAGUAUUUGGCACAAAGAUGAGAAAAACGAAGAUGCGAAAGCUAGGAUCAGAGAAACUAUCCGUCGGUGUCUGAAUCUACCGCAAGGCACAGUCAUGGAAUACAAGACCAAUAAUGACAGUUUACAUGACAAAAGUAGUUUUCGCACUUUGCCUACAGAGAGAAUCUCCACCCCUUCAUGA